AUGUAUCAAAACUAUAUUUAUCUACACUCUCAAGUAAUCGACAUGAAGAACAAUUCAAACGAUCACCAUGCUGUUGUAUCUACUUUUGAUUUAUUUUCCAUUGGUAUUGGUCCUUCUUCUUCUCAUACGGUAGGUCCUAUGCGUGCAGCCAAGAUCUUUAUCAAUGAUUUAAAAGAACUUGGUAUCUUGGAAAAAGUAUAUUCACUUCGCGUAGAUCUAUUCAGCUCAUUAGCACUCACUGGAAAAGGACAUGGAACUCCUGAAGCUAUACUUAUGGGAAUUGAAGGAGAGACACCAUCACAAGUUGAAACAUCAAGCAUACAAUCUCGAGUCAAGGAUAUUUACAAUACAAAAUCAAUUCGAUUAGAUGGACAUCACCGUAUCGAUUUUGAUCCCACACGACAGCUAAUAUUCAAUUAUUUUCAAUCACUUCCUCAACAUCCAAAUGGCAUGCGACUUUGCGUCUACGAUAAAGAUACAAAUCUUUUGGCUACCAAUGAAUAUUUUAGUAUCGGCGGAGGGUUUGUAGUCAAUGAAAAAACACAAAUGGCUCACGGAGAGAAUGUUUAUUACAAAAAUAUCAAAAGUAGUAAUGCACUUCCUAAUCGUCGUGAACAAGAUUCUGCUGUGGUGGCUCUACCAUUCCGAAAUGCUGAAGAAUUAUUGGUAACCUGUCAACAAAAGAAGAUGACGAUUGCUCAGGUGGUUUUUGAAAAUGAACUUAACUGGCAUACUGCUGAUGAAAUUCGAACCAAGCUAUUGACCAUAUGGAACACCAUGGAUGAAAGUAUCAAGAAUGGCGUCACUGCUUCAUCAUCUGAUUUCUUACCUGGAAAUCUCAAGGUCAAACGCAGAGCACCAAAACUCUAUCAAAAAUUACUCAAGGGACUCUAUGGACCUGUUCCUUCCAAAGAUUCAUUUUACAACGACUCUAAAAUUCCCAUCUCUCCAGCACCAAUGAUUCCAGAAUCUAUCAAUUCUUUUGGCGAUCAUCCUGUCGAUGAAAAGAAAAAAACUUCCUUUCCUUUGUCUCUCUCUGUGCUCCCAAAACGUCAACGAAAAAGAUUUUAUUUACCAGCUCUGGAUUAUUUAUCAGUGUAUGCCAUUGCCGUCAAUGAAGAAAAUGCUGCAGGUAAUCGUAUCGUCACAGCACCCACAAAUGGUGCAGCAGGAACGAUUCCAUCUGUUUUAAAAUACUAUCUAGAAUUCAUCUCGGACAACCCUGAACACGAUGUGAUGGAAUUUUUACUGACAACUGCCGCCAUUGGGAUGUUAUUCAAACGUGGAGCUUCUAUUUCUGCUGCCGAAGUUGGAUGUCAAGGUGAAGUAGGUGUUGCUUGCUCUAUGGCUGCUGCAGGAUUUACGGCUGUGAUGGGGGGAACAGUGGAACAAGUGGAAAAUGCGGCUGAAAUUGGCAUGGAACAUAACUUAGGAUUGACUUGUGAUCCUAUUGAUGCAUUGGUUCAAGUUCCAUGUAUAGAAAGGAAUGCGUUGGCAGCAGUCAAAGCUAUUGCGGCAGCUCAAUUGGCUUUGAAUGGCGAAGGUGAUCAUCGAGUGUCCUUAGAUCAGGUCAUUGAAACCAUGCGGCAAACGGGUCACGAUAUGAUGUCCAAAUACAAGGAAACAAGUCAAGGUGGAUUGGCUGUGAAUGUGCCCAUAUGUUAG